AGGUUACCCUUCAAACGAUCACAAGCAGAUAUGUCAGCAGAAUUGGCAGGGGAGAGCUGGGGCUACACACCAAUCAACAUACAGGAAUUCAGCUACGAGUGGACCAUCAGCAAUUUCCAUUUUUUCUUGGAGCAAAUGCAGGGGAAAUAUAUUAGCAGUCCCACUUUCUCAUCAGGAUCCAAUGACACACACAAAUGGUGUUUGAAGGUACAACCGAAUGGGGUCGAUGAAGAAAGCAAAGAUUACCUGUCAGUUUUCUUAGGGUUGCUCGGCUUCCCAAAGAACCCAAUAUGGGCAAAGUUCCAGUUCUGUAUCAUUAAUGCCAACGGAGAGAAAUCACAUGUCAUGAAGAGCCCAACAUACUUCAGGUUUCUGCAAAACCAAUACUGUGGAUUCAAAAAGUUCAUUCUUCAAGAUAUACUUUUGAUACAGGAACCAUGGCUUCUCCCAGAUUACAAACUCACCCUCCUCUGCAAGGUGAACAUGGUCCAAGGCUCCUUCGACAUCUCUGACCAGAGCACAAUUCCAGAGAUCCAGGUUCCAAGGUGCACGAUGGCAGAUGAUCUAGGAGACCUGUGGGAGAAAUCCUUCUUCACAGACUGCUGCCUGGUGGUAGCUGGCCAGGAGUUCCGGGCUCACAAGGUCAUCUUAGCAGCUCGCUCUCCGGUUUUCAGAACCCUGUUUCAACAUGACUUGAAGGAGAGUAGAACAAACCGCAUUGAGAUCCAUGAUCUGGAGCCGCAAGUCUUCGAGGCAAUGAUGGGCUUCAUUUACACCGGAAAGGCACCAGACCUCCACAGCAUGGCAGAUGCUGUGCUGGCAGCUGCUGACAAGUAUAGCCUGGAGCGUUUGAAGGUCAUGUGCGAGAGUGCCCUGAGCAGGGACCUCUGUGUUGAGAAUGCUGCCGACUCUCUCAUCCUGGCUGAUCUGCACAGUGCAAAGCAGCUGAAAACCCAGGCACUGCAUUUCAUUACAGCUCAUGCUUCCGAGGUCUCUGAGACCUCAAGCUGGAAGACAAUGGUGGGCUCAUAUCCCCACUUGGUGGCAGAAGCAUACAGCUCCCUGGCUUCUGCUCACUGCUCUUCACUGGAGCCCCCUUCCAAACGCCUGAAGAAAUCUUAG